AUUUUUGUUUCAAAAUCAAAAAUGAAUCGAUCGCGGUGGCUGUGGACCGUGUGAACAGUGUUAAAUAUGAAUUUUAAAACUUUUGAAGGAUAAAAUUAUUGUUCCAAGUGUCGGUUGUAUCAUAUUAUAUUUCGUUUGUAUAGGCCUGUCGGGUUAAUAAAAAUUAUCGAAUUUACGUACGUUUUUAAAUUGUAUGUUUCAAAUUAUUUGGAUUAUAUUUUUUUGAUAUGGACCGAUUUGAGUAUGCUAAGCCUGAUCCAGCCGAGACCGUUCUAUGGCGUCACAGCAAUAUCACUUUGUACGAUGGCAAUUACAAAACUUCGUUUCACCGUGGUAAUAUCAUUUUAACUGCCACUCGUCUUUUCUGGGUGUCUGGCGAUGCGUGGUUGUCUUUGCAGCUACGGUACAUAGUGUACAUUGAAUCAACAGUUACUGACACUUUAUUUGGUUCAAAAACUAAAACAAUUCUUGUUCAUUUAUUACCAUCUGAUAAUAAAAAUCCAGGCCCUGUUUCUUGUGCCAAAGGCGAGUACAUCAAACUUGAUUUUAAGGACAAAAUUCCUGAUGGGUUUUUGGAUGUAUUUCAGAAAACUAUUGGAGAAAAACAGUGGUCUGUUAGUAAGAUUACCCGUCAAAUUAGAACAGGAAUCGGAGGGAUUGAAAAAAAUAUUUAUGAAAAACAAAAAGCCUCUGAUAUUAGUAUAACAGAUGCUUUUAAAGACUUAGACAGACUUAUGAUUACUGCUAAAGAUAUGGUAUCAUUAAGUAAAAACAUUUCUGAAAAAAUUAAAGAAAAACAAGGGGCUAUUAGUGAUGAUGAAACGGUACGCUUCAAGUCAUACCUUUUAGGUCUCGGUGUCGAUGACCCAGUUACUAGAUCAUCAUUCACUGAUUCAAAUGCAUAUUAUACCACACUUUGCAAAGAAAUAAUCAAAAUUAUUCAAGUUUCAUUAGAAGAAGUUGGUGGUACAAUGGCCCUUGCAGAUGUUUAUUGUCGGGUAAAUAGGGCUAGAGGAUUAGAUCUUUUAUCACCUGAGGAUUUAAUGCAUGCGUGUUACAUGAUGAAUACUGAUCAAUCAUCGCCUAUAAAACUAAGAAAAUUUGAUAGCGGAGUGUUAGCUUUACAAUCAUCUUUAUGUGAUGAGUCUGUUGUAUUGAAAAAAACUGUUGAAGCAUUACAAGAAUGUGGAUCAUUAAGUGCACAAGAAUUGUCUACAUUAAUUGGAGUGCCAGUUGUAUUAGCUAAGGAGUAUUUGUUAUCUGCUGAAAAACAUGGGAAGUCAUGUCGAGAUGAAAGUAUUGAAGGUCUAAGAUUUUAUCUUAAUAAAUUUAUUGAUGAAUACAUAUAAAAUAACAAUUUCAAAAUGUUGUUGAUCAAGAACAGUAUAUUUUUAAUAAAAACUUUUGCAAAUA